AUGUCUGAUAAAUAUAGUCGUCGUCGCGAUUCGCCAUUAGUAAAAUUAUCAAAAUCGUUAUCGUACGUUCUUCGUCAUGGUGCACAAAAGGAAGGAUUAAAUAUUCGUGCAGAUGGAUAUGUUAAUUUGCAUGAAUUGAUGAGGUUACCUAGGUUUAAAGGAAGAACACUCGAUGAAAUACAACAGGUCGUAAAGGAAAAUGAUAAACAAAGAUUUACUCUUAUACAACAAACAACUGAAAGUGGUGACAUAGUAUGGUGGAUAAGAGCUAAUCAAGGACAUAGUCUAGAGGUAUUCAUUACCCUUUACUUUCACCUUGUCGAUAUAUGUGGAGGAAUUGGAACUAGAAAAAAUAACAAAUCCUUCACAAAUCCCCCAGAAACUCAAGGACUUUCCAAAAUGAAUCGUACUCAUAUACAUUUUGCUACUGGAAAAUGGGGCGAUCAAAAUGUGAAGAGUGGUAUGAGAGCAAAUUGUGAUGUGUAUAUAUAUAUCAAUGUAUAUGAAGCUAUGAAAGAUGGUAUAGAAUUUUAUAGAUCUUCUAAUGGAGUCAUACUUACAAAAGGAGAUAAGGGAACUUUGGAUAAAAGAUACUUUCUUAAAGUAGUUGAUAGGAAUGAAAAAAUUUUAUAUGGUCAAAGUGAUUCUGUGAUUCUAACGUUAUGA